GCGCCGCCGGCCUCGGCGCCCGCUGGAGCUCCUCGGCGCGCCCCGGAACUGCCUGCAGUCUCUCCCUUGUCUGCCCAGAGGAUUGGGGCUCCCGGCCCGCACCUUGUCCCUCCGACGCCAGGAGUGCGCGGAGCUGGGAGCGGCUUGGCCAUGGCCGUAAGGAGGGACUCCGUGUGGAAGUACUGCUGGGGAGUUUUGAUGGUUUUAUGCAGAACUGCGAUUUCCAGAUCGAUAGUUUUAGAGCCCAUCUAUUGGAAUUCCUCGAACUCCAAAUUUCUACCUGGACAAGGACUGGUACUAUACCCACAGAUAGGAGACAAAUUGGAUAUUAUUUGCCCCAAAGUGGACUCUAAAACUGUUGGCCAGUAUGAAUAUUAUAAAGUUUAUAUGGUGGAUAAAGACCAAGCAGACAGAUGCACUAUUAAGAAGGAAAAUACCCCUCUCCUCAACUGUGCCAGACCAGAUCAAGAUGUAAAAUUCACUAUCAAGUUCCAAGAAUUCAGCCCUAACCUCUGGGGUCUAGAAUUUCAGAAGAACAGAGAUUAUUACAUUAUAUCUACAUCAAAUGGGUCUUUGGAGGGCCUGGAUAACCAGGAGGGAGGGGUGUGCCAGACAAGAGCCAUGAAGAUCCUCAUGAAAGUUGGACAAGAUGCGAGUUCCGCUGGGUCAACCAGGCAUAAUGAUCCAACAAGACGGCCAGAACUUGAAGCUGGUACAAAUGGGAGAAGUUCAACAACGAGUCCUUUUGUCAAACCAAAUCCAGGUUCCAGCACAGACGGCAACAGCGCCGGACAUUCUGGGAACAAUAUCCUCGGUUCCGAAGUGGCCUUAUUCGCAGGGAUUGCUUCAGGGUGCAUCAUCUUCAUCGUCAUCAUCAUCACGCUGGUGGUCCUGUUGCUCAAGUACCGGAGACGGCACCGCAAGCACUCGCCGCAGCACACGGCCACGCUGUCGCUCAGCACGCUGGCCACGCCCAAGCGCGGCGGCAACAACAACGGCUCGGAGCCCAGCGACAUCAUCAUCCCGCUGAGGACUGCGGACAGUGUCUUCUGCCCUCACUACGAGAAGGUCAGCGGGGACUACGGGCAUCCCGUGUACAUAGUCCAGGAGAUGCCGCCGCAGAGCCCGGCGAACAUUUACUACAAGGUCUGAGCCUCGGCGGUGCCUUCGCUUUCCCGGAGGAAACUUACUGUCCCGCUGCCGCCCGCGGAGGGUCCGAGGCCCCCUGUGUCUGCGACGGACUGGCGCACAGCGGGGAGAGGGGACACUCCUUCUGGGGAGAGCCCUGUGGAGUCGGACAGCUUACUAGUCUGUAGCGUUUCGGCCGCGGUGACGAAGGAUGCGCCCCAGCGGCUGGAAGACUCGCGUGGAAGAUGCGCGUGGGGACGGCACGCGCCCCGCCCCCUCCUCUUCCGGGUACCACGGGCGUUCGGGCCUCCGCAGGAGCUGAGGGGAGACAGAGCGGUCGGUGGGCGGGAGCAUCCCGGGCAGGUGUCCCAGGUCCCCCAGGCUGCUGGGCCUGGAAAGGCCGUCUUCCGCCUCGGGCGUGGCCCUUCCCCCCUCCCACACGAGCUGCACCCCGGACUUGUCGCACAGACUCUGGCCGCGUGAGGCCUUCGGAGGGCGCUAGCUUUUAGUCCUCACUGUUGCACACACUCCUGUCAUCCGGGGCGCUGCAGGCCUUCACAUGAGAUUUCUUCUCACGCCACACUCCGUAUCACUAAUGAGACAUUAGCGUCUGGCGUCUCGUGCUUCAUCUGUUUGCAACAGCUACCGCCGAAUGGGCGACGCAAGGAUAGAAAUUGCGUUUGCUAAUAAGGAGCCUUCCAGCCAGAUACUA